CUUCAUUGUUGCGCUAUAAAACAUACGAACCGCUUCUCUCACCGUAGCUUCUCUCUCUCUCCGAGAUCAAGCUUUAUUAUCUCCUUCCCAAAGCUUCGUUAAUCCUCUCUGCAUCUGUCUGAAGAUUGUCUCUUUUCUCCCGGCGAGAUCGUGGAUCGCCUUCUCUACGAUCACAACAGGUAAUUCAGGAUGGGGCAGAGAAAUAUAUUAUGUCCUAAUCAGAUGAUUGGUUUUGAACCAGAUCGGAAUGGCCAGAAUUAUCUCCAUCCUGAUCCUUGCAUCCUUUUCAAUACAAACUUUGCACAACCCAAUAUUCGGAAUAUGGUAUCAUCUUCAGGGAGCAUAGCUAAUGUUGACCUCCAAUAUUCAGUAGAGCACUGCAACAAUCCCAUGAUCUAUGGGAUGCCACAGUACAAUGGAAUGCAGCGUCAUCCUAAUCUCGAUUUAGCUGUUGCACCUGCAGCCAACUUUUAUUAUUCUUACAUGACACCAUCAUCUGGUGGUGGGGCAUUACCUGCUCCCCGAAGCCAUGGGGCCUCUGGUCAGUUGCCAUCUUCUAGCAGUUAUGGAGUCGUUGGAAUAUCUGCAGAUGAGCAUGGAAGCAACGGUCACUUUACAGAUGACAUCAGGGGUCCAUGCAAGAGAAAAUAUGCUGAAGGAAUUCCAGGGAGUUUUCAACAUAAUGAUGUCUCAUCAAGCUCUAGUUCUUCAGCUUCCCCUUUGAAUACAAGGCAUCCUGAUGGGGUUGCUGUGAUGGACGCUACCUCAUUUGACCUGUCUCUGCACAGAGGGGCAGGUACUCCAUCACUCAUGGAAGUAGGACCGCAGAGUAGUUUGAGGAACAGAUCAGGUGCUACUGGGAUGGAUUCUCUUAUGAUGCAUGAACACAAUCAUUUGGUUCAAGGAAAUUAUAUGGGACAGCCUUUUCAACCAGCAGGUGCUCUCUGGUUGGACCAACAGUUGAGCAGCACGUCUGGUGAUGGAGGUACCUGGAACCAGCCUCCUGCAAUGCCUUAUGUGCACGGGAGCAAUGCCAAUGGAGGUUCUAUGGAGACUCGCAGCAUGGGUGUGCCAGGAUAUCAUGAUGCAGCUAGCAACAGAACUCCCCCUAGUUUCCAGCAUCCUCCUCUCGUCAAUCACCGCCACCACAGCCAUCACCAUCCAAGCCCGCCAAUGCUAGGAGUGAGGGGCCCGAAUAUUAACUUUCAACCCCAAGUAGCUGCACCUGUAUAUAGAGGUUCUACAAAUUCUUCUCGCAGCACUCUGAAUCCUGUUCAGAACAGUUUUGAGAUGGAUCUUAGGCAUCUGGGAUCUGUUCUACCAACUGGGCUUCGGAUGUACCGUCCUCACAGAGGGGGAUUUGUGCCAGAGGCAAACCUUAGACAUCGCAACCUGCCACACCUGAGAGUUCUGCAGGCUGAAGAAACUGCCAUUCUAGAUAUGCCAGACUUUUAUGAGGUGGGGAAUUUGAUGGACCAUCACAGAGACAUGAGGCUGGAUAUAGAGCACAUGUCUUAUGAGGACCUUCUUGCUUUGGGGGAACAGAUUGGGAAUGUGAGCACAGGGUUGUCAGAGGAAACUGUCACAAGUCAAUUAAGGACAAAAACCUAUGCAUCAUCUGCUUCUGUUAUAAAUCUGGAGGAGGCAGCUUCUGGGGAUCAGGAAGUUGAUUCUUGCAUUAUAUGCCAGGAUGAAUAUAAGAACCAAGAGAAAAUUGGUAUUCUUGAUUGUGGGCAUGAAUAUCAUGCGGGUUGCUUGAAGAAGUGGCUGCUCCUGAAGAAUGUCUGCCCCAUCUGCAAAUCCGAAGCACUGACCACAGGAAGGAAGGAUGUAUAGAGAUGGGACGAAAAUUGAAAGAUCAAGAGAAAAACUCUUCCAUUUUGUCUUUUCACUUUAAAGCUAAUUAUCUUAGCAAGUUUAUAGUUUGUACAUGUACUUAGGAUAUAUAUGACUAACGGUUGUAUUAUCCGACUCAUUUAUUUGUUGGCUCAUGAGAACAACGGGUCUCGCGCCUUAAACAAAAACUGUACAGACUUUCUCAUGAUCUGUAUACUCUUAUUCUAUCACAUUCUUGUUCUUUCA